AUGAUCGCCUUUUCUCCUUUCCUCCGCUUCACACCCAUCCCUUACAUCACCUCUCUCCCCAAGCCUCCCCCUUCGCCUUCCCCCAUGCCCCCUCCUAUCCCUUCCCCUUUCCCACCGCCAAUUCCGUUCACCAUCCCUCAGCCCAUCCUUCCGUCCAUCCCUCCGCCAAUCCUUCCCCUCAUCCUUUCGCCAACCCUUCCCCCCAUUCCGCUCCCCACUCCUGCGCGCAUCCCUGCACAGCUAAUUCCCACUUUCAAGCAUUCAUCCAUCCCUCCGUCCAUCCAUUCUCUCUUCCCACCAUCCAUCCCUGCGCCCAUUCCUCCGCGCAUCCUCCCCCCUAUCCCUCUGCGCACCACACAGAAAAUCCCCCCUAUCUCCCUUCCUUGGUCUGCUUCUCCCAUCCUUCUGCUUGUUCUGCAACCGCAGCCUGCUAUCCCUUCUCAUUCUGCUCCCUUCCAAUCUGAGCAGCAGCAGCAGCAGCAGCAGCAGCAGCAGCAGCAGCAGCAGCAGCAGCAGCAGCAGCAGCAGCAGCAGCAGGGGGUGGCAGAGAGGCAGCUUUGGCACAGGCAACCGCUGUCAAUGAGAGAUGAACUCACUCUUACCCUGUCCCUCACACCGAGGGACACCAGAGAGUCUCCGGCCCCUACACUUCUCACAAUUCCUCUUGAUUCCCAGCACAAGCAGCAGCAGCAGAAGCAGAAGCAGCAGCAGCAGCAGCAGCAGCAGCAGCAGCAGCAGCAGCAGCAGCAGCAGCAGCAGCAGCAGCAGCAGCAGCAGCAGCAGCAGCAGCAGCAGCAGCAGCAGCAGCAGCAGCAGCAGCAGCAGCAGCAUAAUCAUGCGCUGUCGAGUGCCCGGGUGUACCUCUCACAUGGAUCAGUGGACGUCGAAAUGGGAGAUGGGGAUAUGAGGAGAGAGGACGGAAGGGAGGAAGGAGAGGAGGCAGCAGGGGGGGCAGCAAGGGAGGCAGGCGGGGAGGCAGGGGGGGAGGCAGGCAAGGGGGAAGACGGAGAAAGAGGAGGGGGAAAGUUAGCUGCACCGGAUGGGUGUGUGGGAAGGGAAGAGCAAGAGGGCGAGAAGGGUGGCGCGCAGAAUGUAUCACAGCAGCCGCAGCAGGAGGAGAGGAGGGAUGGUAGCGGGUGUGACAGGGAGUUAAGGGAGGGAGAAAGGGGAGGGAAGGAGACACAGCUAGAAGCGCUGCUGGAGGGAGGAGGAGGAGGAGGAGGAGGAGGAGGAGGAGGAGGAGGAGGAGGAGGAGGAGGGGGGGGGAGGGGGGAGAUACGAGGAAAGAGCACUUAUGUCUAUGACAUCUCCUCUCCCUCCCACUACCCAUACCGAUACCACAGGAGACGGGAAGGGAGAUUCCCUAUGCUCUCCUACCAGAUCCCCUCUGCUGCUGCUGUAACAGCUACUGCUGCCACUUCUGCUGCUGCAGCGGCUGCUGCUGCUGCUGCUGUCAGCGGUGGUGGCUGGGUGGCGCAUGGCGGGUGCAAUUCAUUCAUGUAUGGGGCUGGUGGUGGUGCGAGUGCGGUGGGACCUGGUGCUGCUGGUGGGAGUUUGGCGGCACAUGGAACCACCACUCUGGCAUCAGCAGUGCAUGUGGCCGCUCCGUCUCGUGUGCGGGUCACGUGCUCGAGCUACGCUGGAGAGCAGACUGGUAACCCUCUUCAUCCCUCCUCUCUUCAACUCCCUUCUCUUCAUCCCUCCUCUCUUCAACUCUCUUCUCUUCAUCCCUCCUCUCUUCAACUCCCUCCUCUUCAUCCCUCCUCUCUUCAACUCCCUUCUCUUCAUCCCUCCUCUCUUCAACUCCCUUCUCUUCAUCCCUCCUCUCUUCAACUCCCUUCUCUUCAUCCCUCCUCUCUUCAACUCCCUUCUCUUCAUCCCUCCUCUCUUCAACUCCCUUCUCUUCAUCCCUCCUCUCUUCAACUCCCUUCUCUUCAUCCCUCCUCUCUUCAACUCCCUUCUCUUCAUCCCUCCUCUCUUCAACUCCCUUCUCUUCAUCCCUCCUCUCUUCAACUCCCUUCUCUUCAUCCCUCCUCUCUUCAACUCCCUUCUCUUCAUCCCUCCCCUCUUCAACUCCCUUCUCUUCAUCCCUCCUCUCUUCAACUCCCUUCUCUUCAUCCCUCCUCUCUUCAACUCCCUUCUCUUCGUCCCUCCUCUCUUCAACUCCCUUCUCUUCAUCCCUCCUCUCUUCAACUCCCUUCUCUUCAUCCCUCCUCUCUUCAACUCCCUUCUCUUCAUCCCUCCUCUCUUCAACUCCCUUCUCUUCAUCCCUCCUCUCUUCAACUCCCUUCUCUUCAUCCCUCCUCUCUUCAACUCCCUUCUCUUCAUCCCUCCUCUCUUCAACUCCCUUCUCUUCAUCCCUCCUCUCUUCAACUCCUUCUCUUCAUCCCUCCUCUCUUCAACUCCCUUCUCUUCAUCCCUCCUCUCUUCAACUCCCUUCUCUUCGUCCCUCCUCUCUUCAACUCCCUUCUCUUCAUCCCUCCUCUCUUCAACUCCCUUCUCUUCAUCCCUCCUCUCUUCAACUCCCUUCUAUUCAUCCCUCCUCUCUUCAACUCCCUUCUCUUCAUCCCUCCUCUCUUCAACUCCCUUCUCUUCAUCCCUCCUCUCUUCAACUCCCUUCUCUUCAUCCCUCCUCUCUUCAACUCCCUUCUCUUCAUCCCUCCUCUCUUCAACUCCCUUCUCUUCAUCCCUCCUCUCUUCAACUCCCUUCUCUUCAUCCCUCCUCUCUUCAACUCCCUUCUCUUCAUCCCUCCUCUCUUCAACUCCCAUCGCUCCGUCUCGUGUGCAAGUCACGUGCCCGAGAGGUGUAGCUUCAAGAGACGGAGGCUGGCCGCCUUGAGACUUCUGAGACCACUUUAA